CCCUGAGUGCAGCUUUCGCAGGUGAGGAUGAAGCCAUCGCUGCUUGCAUCUACCACGCUCGUCGCCUUUUUUACCUCUCCCACCCACUCACAUGCCCACCUCGAGGGUGCGAGGACAGCGUCGGCGUUCAUUCCCGUGACGCCCAGCAGCUUCAUUCGCAGACGGGCGGCGCUCUUCCAUCCGAAGGCAGAGAUCCGGCGAAAAGGUGAUCUGUUCGCGACAGCUCCGAGCGAUGUUUCUGCAACGAGGCCGCCUGCCUUUGCCGGGGGUCUUCGGCAAGCGCUCAAGACGGAGCCGGCCUCGCGUGUGGUGGGUGUGCUUCAAGCCAUCGUGUGGCGGUUUCCGCGGGAAAUCGGGCGGUUCAUCUAUCACCCGGUGCUGUUCAAGGUGAGCGCUGUGUCUUUGGUGACGGGCCUGCUGACCAAGGCGUUCCGCAUGAACGAGUCGCUUGACACGCUCAAGAAGGACCAGGAGGAGGGCAAGACGGCGAGGGGGGAGCGGUUCCUGAAGGUGGCUGGGCGGUAUGUGACGCCUUUGGGAGUGCUGUGGACGGCUUUGGCGUUUGUGUGGGCGCUUUGGUGGUACCCCUUGCUGCUGGCGUCGUGGCUGUUUUCGAUGGCAUUUGACCGCGACAGGCGCCGGCUGGUCGACUGGGUGGUGCAAAACUGGGCCAGAUGCGUCAUGGUCAACAUGACCUAUCAAGUCAAGGUGGACAGACAAGACAGGGAGAGAGGGCAAAACGAGACGACGACAUGUUGUGCCUGGUGUGUGUGUGUAGGUGACGGGUUUGGCCAACCUGCCCCCUCCCGGCGAGAACGCCCUGUAUGUGCCCAAUCACACGUCGUUCCUCGACAUCAUGACGCUGUCGGCAUACCUGCCGGCACGCGCAAAGUACAUUUCCAAGGCGGAAAUACUCAACAUUCCUCUCAUCGGUACCGUACGCACAAGCCAGCCCACGUACCGUACCCACACACAUGGUGAGAGCUUAUGAGUGAGUGUGUGUGGGUAUUUGUGUGCAGGUUGGGCGAUGCGAAUGGCGGCGCACAUCGCCAUCCGUCGCGGCGACCGUCGGAGUCAGCUGCAGACCUUCAGGGAGGCCGUCGACUCACUCAAGAAGGGAAACAGCCUCAUUGCAUUCGCCGAAGUCAGUGAAACGGACAGAGCGAAGACAGAAACAACAGAAUCUAGGGGUGGUUUGUCCCUCCCUUUUCGUGUGAUGGUUCAUUGCAGGAGACCCGCAGUGUCGACGGCAGGCUCCGACGGCUCAAGCCUGGCACACUGAGGUAAACAAACAAACACCCGUAGCUAAUGGCACGCAUAUCAUAUCAUAUCCACCGUGGAUAUGGGUGCUGUUUCCUUCCCACUCCCUCCCUCCUCUCCUUUCAGGAUGGCUCAGAAGGCGGGUACCAAGGUGAUCCCGGUGUCGCUGUGCGGCGUGCACAAGUGGUACCCCCAACGCGCAUGGGUGCCACUGGGCAUACCGGAAGGCGUCACCUUACACCUGCACCCACCCAUCGACCCCACUGGUGGGUGCGUAAAGUCAACCUCCCCAUGGCAUGCAAGCCAAGCCAUCAAAAGAUAGCUAUCCUUCCGUCUAUCAGGUCGUGACGUCGAUGACCUUCUGGACGAGGUGGCCACCGCCAUCAACAGCGGCCUGCCGUCAGACCAGCGGGCGAGGUACCUCGAGGAGCAGCCAGACACUGAACCACAAGCAGAGGCAGGUGCUACCGCCACUGACACACGAACAAAACCAGAAGGAGAGACCACAUCCACACCCACAUCCACUGCCCCAACAGCUACCUCAGCAUCCAGCACCCCAGCUGAUCAUGCGCAAGUGAGGCUGCCCGCCGUGUCCCUGUCAGCCAACGAUAGCAGAAGCUCGGCCAAGGAGAAUGCAGCGGCAGUUGAGGAGCCUCAGGCCGCGCAAGGCUCUCUCGUAUCCAUGAUGGGUGGCGGUGGCGGGGGUGGGGGUGGUGGAGGCGGGUUGAUGUUCGAUUUCAACUGAUGGACUGACGGCUGACAGUGAGGGAGGGAUGUGCCAGCAAUGCAUGCGGAUGGAGACACAUGAUGAUUUCGAUCAUUUUUCGCCUUGUCUCUUGUGUGACGAGAGUUUUUGGUGAUGACAUGUUGAACCUCUCAGUGGGCUGCAGGACAUGGACAACCUCACGCGCACACUCGCUGGCUUCGAUGCUGUCCAUGUCCAGCAGCUUAUCGAGGGGUUCAACAUCUGUGAUCGAUUCGGGUCGUCGGUUUUGGAGCGCUAGUAGGCAGAAUGGGAGGACGAUGCGAGUCAUGCGAUCGAUGGAUGGAUGGAUGGACUAUUUUGUCGCGCAUGGGCGCGAGUGAGUGCGUGUGAGGGCGUGUGUGGAGUCGUUACAACCACCCUGGCCAGAGUGGUAAUAAUGCGAUAGUUAUCAUCAUGACUCGUACGUAUGUGUCUGCAGCAGGCACUGAUACAGGCAGGCAGGCAGGCAGGCCACCAAGAACGAGCGGUAAGGAUAGCAAGCAGCAUGUAGGAAUUUGUGACGACAACAUUAC